AUGACAGGGUUGAAUCUAAGGGGUUUGUCUGAUACCUAUUUCGAAGACAAUGAGAUCAGUCUCAAUGUUGGAGGCUUUAAGAAAAAGAUGAGAUACAACACGUUAUUGAGAUUCCCCGAAACACGACUGGGUAAGCUGCUGAGCUGCAAUUCAAAGGAGUCAAUUUUAGAGCUUUGUGAUGACUAUGAUGACACUAAGAAUGAGUUCUACUUUGACAGAAACCCUGAACUUUUCCCUUAUGUGCUCCAUUUUUAUAAUACUGGAAAGUUACAUGUGAUGGGUGAGCUCUGUGUCUUUUCCUUCAGCCAGGAAAUUGAAUACUGGGGAAUCAAUGAAUUCUUUAUUGAUUCUUGCUGCAGUUAUAGCUACCAUGGGAGAAAAAUGGAACCAGAUCAAGAAAAAUGGGAAGAUCACAGUGAUCAAGAAAGUACCUCUUCUUCAUUUGAUGAGAUCUUGGCCUUCUACAAUGAUGCUGCUAAAUUUGACAAACAACCAUUUGGGAAAGUGAGGCGGCAGCUAUGGUUAGCUUUAGACAAUCCUGGCUAUUCUGUCUUGAGCCGAAUAUUCAGUGUUCUUUCUAUUAUGGUUGUUCUUGGAUCUAUAGUGACUAUGUGCCUCAACAGCCUUUCAGACUUCCAGAUUGUUAACAGCUAUGGGAACUCAGAGGAAGACCCUAGAUUUGAAAUUGUGGAACAUUUUGGUAUUGCAUGGUUUACUUUUGAGCUGGUGGCCAGGUUUGCAGUUGCCCCAGAUUUCCUUCAGUUUUUUAAGCAUGCACUCAAUCUGAUUGACCUCAUGUCCAUCCUUCCAUUCUAUAUCACUCUAAUAGUUAACUUAGUGGUGGAAAGUAGUCCUACAUUAGCCAAUUUGGGUAGAGUAGCCCAAGUCCUGAGACUGAUGAGAAUAUUCCGUAUCUUAAAACUUGCUCGACACUCAACAGGCCUUAGAUCUCUUGGAGCCACCCUCAAAUAUAGCUACAGAGAAGUAGGGCUUCUUCUCCUUUACCUCUCAGUUGGAAUCUCUAUAUUCUCAGUAGUGGCUUACACAAUUGAAAAAGAAGAAAACCGAGCCCUGGAAACCAUCCCUGCCUGCUGGUGGUGGGCUACAGUUAGCAUGACCACAGUUGGUUAUGGUGAUGUUGUCCCAGUGACCAUAGCAGGCAGGCUAACAGCUUCUGCAUGCAUCUUAGCUGGCAUCUUAGUUGUAGUCCUUCCUAUCACACUUAUAUUCAAUAAGUUCUCUCACUUUUAUAAGCGCCAAAAGCAGCUAGAAAGUGCCAUGAGGAGCUGUGAUUUUGGGGAUGGGAUGAAAGUGGUUCCUUCUGUCAACUUAAGGGACUACUAUGCCUACAAAGUUAAAUCCCUUAUGGCCAGUCUCACAAACAUGAGCAGAAGCACACCCAGUGAACUAAGUCUAAAUGAUUCCUUGCAUUAA